CUUAUGAGCUGUUUGUAUUUAAGGAGAUGCUCACAACAAAUUCUAGUUUAUUUGGUGAAUGCUUGAAAGAUGCAUUACUUCAUCUAAGCCAAAAACAUGAAAAAAACUAAAGGCAAUUAUGAAUUAAACUUGGCUCAAAUCUUUAAGAUGCAACAUUAGUAAGAAUGUCCCAAGGGUGAAAUUACAAACCAUAUGCAAUAAAUUCAGUGUUCUUAUUCUGGCAGGAACUUGCCAUAAAAUUCAAUAUGAAGGAUCUUUCUUGUUCAGAUAUUUCCAAUAUAUUGUUAGAAGAUGAUACAUUGACAAAAAAUAUUCAAUGGAAAAGUACUCAUUUAAAUAAUUAAUAGGCAUGGCAAGACUCUAGAAUGGAGCAAUUCCAAGCAGGUCCUUGGAACGUCCACAGGAAGAAAUGUUCAAUACAAGCACAGUGACUGAAUUCCAGCUUCUUGGAUUUUCCAAGAUUCAGGAACUUCAAAUUGUACAUUUUGUUAUAUUCUUGAUGAUUUACCUGGUGGCCUUGAUGGGUAAUUUCCUAAUUAUCACUAUCAUAUUCCUUAACCCCCACCUUCAUACUCCUAUGUAUUUCUUUUUGGUAAACCUAUCUGUUGCUGAUGUUGGUGCCAUUUCUGUGACUAUUCCCAAAUCCAUGACCCACACCAGAACAAUUUCUUAUACUGGAUGUGCUGCUCAAGUUUUUUUUCUCAUCUAUUUUAUGGCUACAGAUGUCUCUCUCCUAACAGUUAUGGCGUAUGAUCGAUUUGUUGCUAUUUGUGAUCCACUGCACUACACAGCCAUGAUGAGCAGAGAAUCCUGUGUGAAAAUGGCAAUAAUUGCAUGGGUGAGUGGUCUUCUGUAUGGAUUAGUCCAUGUUGGGGGCACCUUUUCUAUCACUUUUUGCUCCAAUGUUGUCAACCAGUUCUUCUGUGAAAUCCCCCAGAUAUUAAGACUUUCCUGCUCUGACCUGUAUCUCAUAGAAACUGGGAUUCUUGUUUUCAGUGCCUUUCUGGUUUUCAGUUGCUUAAUAUUUAUAGUAAUUUCUUACGUGCAAAUCUUCAGAACUGUAAUGAAAAUACCCUCCAUGAAGGGAAGGCAGAAAGCAUUCUCUACCUGCUUGCCUCAUCUAAUUGUUGUCUCUUUGUUUAUUUGCAUCUGUGCCUUCGCCUAUUUGAAGCCAAUCUCAAGAUGUCCAUCUGAUUUUGACCUGGUAGCUACUGUGAUUUACUGUUCUGUGCCAUUCAUGAUGAAUCCAAUCAUUUAUAGUAUAAGGAAUAAAGAUAUCCAAACUGCUCUGUGGAAAUUUCUUAACCAUUUCACCCUAUAGGUGGUUUAAUGUUUUCCUUCAUUCACUUUCCUCAGAUGUAUGGGUAGAAAGAUAAUUGAGUAUAAUAUUAUAUGUAGUGGUGGGAAGCAGGAUAUAAAUUGAAUAUACAUUCACACACAGAGAGAUAUUUAAGAGGAAUCUAAAAUGAAACUAAGUUCAUUUCAUUUCAACAUUCUACAGUAUGUCUUCUCAGGCCCAUCUAUGGAUAGAUUUUGUCCUAUUUUGUGUCUGAUUGUGCUGAGUGCUUCUAAUAUAGAAAAGACUCCUGUUGCAGACUAUUCCUUGGCCCUUUGAACAUAUCUUAAUAUGGGCAUGUUUCUAUUAUUUAUGAACUUAAAUAUCUUUCCAGCCACCUUCUACCCAUAUGUUUUAAACUCUACCAUCUACAAAAAUACAGCAAGUCUAUUUGAUGUUAACUUAAUCUUUAAUAUGCCAUUUUUUGGACUAAACAUAAUUUCAUUUUAAUUUCCUGUGAUUGCAUCUUUGGACCAUAAAAUAAAUAUCACUGGAUAAUUUUUCCUUGUAUUUAUUUAUUAGUUUAUAACAGUGGUUCUUAACCUUUUUAAUGCCGCGACC